AUGCCCCAGCCGGUUGCUGGUUGCAGUUUCGAUUUCCUGUCUGCUCUUGAGAUUCCCAAGCGGCUCCACCCCUCAGCACUGGGUCUGAGUUCUCUUGUCAGAAGAUCUGUGUCAGCCCGCCGCCACCAGGCUUUCAAGAGAGUGGGACGCGGGCGAAGCAGGGACCCCACCGGGAGCCAAGCUGCUAGCAUGUCGGCCGAGGAUCGGCGGAAUCUGCACGCCUUCCGGGACUAUGUCACGAAGACUCUGGACCCUACCUGCAUCCUGAGCUACAUGGCCCCCUGGUUUAAGGACGAUGAGGUACAGCAUAUUCAGGCUGAGAAAAACAAUAAGGGCACGAUGGAGGCUGCCUCACUUUUUCUUAAGUUCCUAUUGGAGCUCCAGGAAGAAGGCUGGUUCCGUGGCUUUUUGGAUGCCCUUGUUCAUGCAGGUUAUUCUGGACUUCAUGAAGCCAUUGAAACUUGGGAUUUCCAAAAAAUUGAAAGUCUAGAGGAGUAUAGAAUACUUUUAAAGCGUUUACAACCAGAAUUUAAAACCACAGUUAAUCCAAAAGAUAUCCUUCCUAAAAUAUCUGAAUGUUUAAUUAGUCAGGAAUGUGAAGAAAUUAUACAGGUUUGUUCCAACAAGGGGCUGAUGGCAGGUGCGGAGAAAAUGGUUGAAUGCCUUCUCAGAUCAGACAAGGAAAACUGGCCCAAAACUUUGAAACUUGCUUUGGAGAUGGACGAGAACAAGUUCAGUCAACUGUGGAUUGUGGACAAAGAUGCAAAAAAUGCUGAAUCGAAAGUUCUUGAGGAUGAUGAAAUAGAAACUUCUGACAUACAGAUUUUCUAUAAGGAAGAACCAGAAUGCCAGAAUCUUAGUCAGAACUUAUCUCCACCUUCAGCCUCUCCUACUUGCACCCCACUGAAGCCAAGAAAUUACCAACUAGAGCUCGCUUUGCCUGCUAAGGAAGGAGAAAACACAAUAAUAUGUGCUCCUACUGGUUGUGGAAAAACGUUUAUUUCCCUUCUUAUAUGUGAACAUCAUCUUAAAAAAUUUCCACAAGGACAAAAGGGGAAGGUUGUCUUUUUUGCUAUUCAACUCCCAGUGUAUGAACAGCAGAAAUCCGUGUUCUCCGAAUAUUUUGAAAAACUUGGGUACAAAGUUGCAGGUGUUUCUGGAGCAACAUCUGAGAAUAUCUUAAUGGAACAGAUUGUUGAGAACAAUGACAUCAUCAUUUUAACUCCACAGAUUCUUGUGAAUAACCUUAGAAAUGGGACUAUUCCAUCACUCUCUGUCUUUACUUUGAUGAUAUUUGAUGAAUGUCACAACACUGGUAAACACCAUCCUUAUAAUAUGAUCAUGUUUAAUUAUCUAGAUCAGAAACUUGGAGAUUCUUCAGACCCACUGCCUCAGGUCAUUGGGCUGACUGCCUCGGUUGGCAUUGGGGAUGCCAAAACCACAAUGGAAGCCAUAGAAUAUAUCUGCAAACUGUGUGCUUCUCUUGACACAUCAGUGAUAGCAACAGUCAAAGACAACUUGGAGGAAUUGGAAGAAAUUGUCUAUAAGCCCCAGAAGUUUUUCAGGAAAGUGGAAUCACGGACUACUGACAGAUUUAAAUGCAUCAUAUCACAGCUGAUGAGGGAGACAGAGAGUCUGGCAAAGAAUAUCUUUGACAAACUCGGUACCGUAACUCUCGAAAGUGUAUCUCAAAUUCAAAAUAGGAAUUUUGGAACACAGAAAUAUGAACAAUGGAUCGUUUCUGUUCAGAAGGCAUGCAUGGUGUUUCAGUUGCCCGACAAAGAUGAAGAGAGCAGGAUUUGUAAAGCCCUCUAUUUGUACACUUCCCACUUGCGGAAAUAUAAUGAUGCCCUCAUUAUCAAUGAGCAUGCACGGAUGAAAGAUGCUCUGGAUUACUUGAAAGACUUCUUCACUGAUGUCCGAGCUGCAGGAUUUGAUGAGACUGAGCAGCAUCUCACUCAGAGAUUCGAAGAAAAGCUGAAGGAACUGGAAAGUGUUUCCAUGGAUCCCAGCAAUGAGAACCCUAAACUCCAAGAUCUCUCCUUCAUCUUGCAAGAGGAGUACCACUUAAAUCCAGAGAGUAGAACCAUCCUCUUUGUGAAAACCAGAGCACUUGUGGAUGCUUUGAAGAAAUGGAUUGAAGAAAAUUCUGAACUCAGCUUUCUAAAACCUGGCAUAUUGACUGGACGUGGCAAAACAAAUCAUAACACAGGAAUGACGCUCCCAGCACAGAAGUGUGCAUUGGAUGCAUUCAGAACCGAUGGAGAUAAAAAGAUUCUGAUUGCUACCUCAGUUGCUGAUGAAGGCAUUGACAUUGCUCAGUGUAAUUUGGUCAUCCUGUAUGAGUAUGUGGGCAAUGUCAUCAGAAUGAUCCAAACCAGAGGCAGAGGAAGAGCAAGAGGUAGCAAGUGCUUCCUUCUGACCAGCAAUGCUGAUGUAAUUGAAAAAGAAAAAAUAAAUAUAUACAAAGAAAACAUGAUGAAUGACUCCAUUUUAAGGCUUCAGACGUGGGAUAAAGCAGUAUUUAAAGAAAAGGUUCUCCAGAUACAGAUUCAAGAAAAAUUAAUCAGGGAUAGUCAAGGAAAAGUAGAACCUGUACCUGAUAAGGAAAAUAAAAAGCUGCUCUGCCGGAAGUGCAAGGGCUUUGCAUGUUAUACAGCUGACAUCAGAGUGGUGGAGGACUGCCAUUACGCUGUGGUUGGAGAUGCUUUCAAGAAGUGCUAUGUGAGUAAAUUACACCCCAAACCAAAGACCUUUGGGCAUUUUGAGAAGAGAGCAAAGAUCUUCUGUGCCAGACAGAACUGUAGCCAUGACUGGGGAAUCCAUGUGAAGUAUAAGACAUUUGAGAUUCCAGUUAUAAAAAUAGAAAGCUUUGUGGUGGAGGAUAUUACAACUGGAGCUCAGAAACUGUAUGCCAAGUGGAAGGAUUUUCCUUUUGAGAAGAGAUCCUUUGAUGCUACAGAAAUGUCCGAAUGACCUCAGGACCUCAGUCUUUAGCUACAGGGAAUGGACCUUGACUGAAGAAAUCAGCCCCAGUGGGUACAGUCACGGAUUGCGUGUACCACUGUGAAGCUACUUUACCCAAGCUUGUAUCAAACUGAGUACGUCACUUAACUUCACCCUGUUUAUUGUUUUCAGCAGUUUGAACUGUAUCACAUAUGUAAAGCACAAGUGAAUCACAGCACUAAUACUCUGUAGGCCAAUGGAGCUCUAAGUACUUGGGAAAAAUUAAAAAGCCUUAACUUCU